UUCAGCAUUUGACUCCGCCUUUAAACACCUGUCACGGCGCCGUAUGCACACCUGCAUUUUCCGUGAAUGCAAUGACUCCGAACUGCAUGUUGGCAUUACAAACUCAAAAGGUGUGGUCUACAACUACACUUUGUCAGGUAUGCAGAGAGAUGACCAUGGGUGGGAGCAGUGCAUAUCUGUGCCACUAGUAGCACCUGGAGAGGACUUCUUUGGAAGGCAGUGGGACAGCGAGCUCGAGAAAUUCUCCUUACUUCCCGUGUGGUCCCCUCACAGGUUUCAUGAGGAGAGGGAGUUUGCCUCUUGCUGUUAUGGCUUUGUUUUGGCCUUUAUCAACCACAUGAGGCGGAUUGAGGGCAAAGACUGUGUGAGCAGAGAUGUCUUUACCGGGCAACAUGUCCUUCCUCACAUCAAGACUGUCUCUAAAUAUCUCAGAGUCUACAAAGAGAUUUCUCUGCAUGGCUUUUACAUUGCUGACAAAUAAGUUGCUGAAAUCGAGUCCAGUUAAUAUAACAGAUGUUAAAUUGUUUGUGUUUGCAACAAGGAAUUACACCAUAGAAACUCUUUAUAAGAGACAAUCUUGAAAGUGUACAGCUUUUUGCCACUUUACCACUAUGUUUUUGUUCACAAGAGAAAAUAAAAUAAACAGACAA